CGAACAUGUCGCAGAAGCGUAAGCAUACCGAAUUCCAAGGCGGCGACCAUCCGCAUUCGGCAUCAAAAAGGUCUCGCUCGAAUCAUAAGGUGGGCGGACCUCACUUCAAGCCUAGAUGGCGCAAUCAAUCACACUCUGAACCGAAGCCUACUUCAACGAACACACUCAGAAGCCGUAUACGGGAUUUGAAACGACUAUUAGAACAUGUGGAUAAUGAGCCAAAAUACAAAAUGCCGGCCAAUGUGCGCAUGGAGCGGGAGAGGGAGCUCGAGGCUUCGGAACACGAGUUAGCUGCGAAGACGGCUGUGGCGCGAGAAGCCGAUCACAGAAAGAAGAUGAUUGGCAAAUAUCAUCGAGUGAGAUUUUUCGAUCGCCAAAAAGCGACUCGGAUCCUCAAACGACUCCAGCGGGAGCUCUCAUCCCUCCAAGACCGCUCCAAGAAAACCGACCUGCUGCGGAAGAUACAUAAUACCGAAGUGGAUAUCAACUACGCGCAGUACUAUCCGCUCAUGAAACCAUACUCCUCUUUGUAUCCAAAGUCAAAGCGAGAGAACAGCAAGUCGGAAGAGCUUGCAGGUGAGGAAGAGGCGGGAGUACAUCGAAGUGAAGAUGUGGAGCAAGGACCCAAAGGGGAUGUGCAGAUGUGGAAGGCCAUCGAGCGAGCCAUGGAAGAGGGGACUCUGGAUGUACUACGCAACAGCAAAGCUGGUUUGCCAGUGAUAGAGCCCAAGGAGGAUAAUCGAUCCAAGCAAAAGGAAGCAAGGAAGUACAAGAAGAAGAACACACAGGCUGGUAUCAUGCAACGGAUGCUGGAAGACACGAAUGUUGAGGUUGUGGACGAAAAGGACGAUGAGAGCGAUGGGGGAUUCUUCGAAUGAAGCCUAAUACGGAACCCGGUUCUUGGACCAUGGGCCUUGCUGAUCCCUUUACGCUGCACCACAGUACCCAUCCUUCUCCCUCUCCGUGGCUCACUGGAGUUGUUCGGAUGCACCGGGUUCACGAAGCCUCUACCACAGAGGGGCAGAGCUCCGCUUUCUAAUCCGGUACCAUAUAUAAUUUCGUCUCCAGAAAUAAUUAGCUAGCAUUGGGCAACGGUACAUGGUACUCAGUCUUUAGCCUGGGUAGUCAGAUUAUGGGAUGCAGGGUCAACGUUGAUCAAUGUACUGUGUAGAUCACUGAGGCGAAAUGCUACCCAGCACAGCGGUUGCUAUGUAAAGUAGUAACUUGUUGGGCUGUAUUCGGAGCUGUUUGCGUUGCUUCACGGGAGUUUCGUUUCUAGGAACAACAAAUGAUAUUCACACUCACGCGGGAUAUAAUCAGGCUAAUUCAG